AUGCUGGCAUGGCAGGACGGCGGGGCCAAGGCGGCCUCCUCUUCCCACAAGAUCUCCUUCUCCGUCCUGGACAUCCUGGACCCGCAGAAAUUCACCCGUGCUGCCCUGCCGGCUGUGCGCCCUGCGCCCCAGGAAGCCAACAAAAGUUUGGCGGAGGCUGAAGCGGGAAAUGACGCCAGCCCCGGGGACCCGGCCCAGCACCGGGAGAGCCCUGAUGCUGUGGGCCGAGGCGCGGGCGCGGUGUCCCCGCUGGAGGGCUCGGAGGCGGAGGAGGAGGACUUGGAGGACGCCGGGCGGCGCCGGCGGCGGGAGCGGGCGGCGCGCUCCCCUGAGGCCCGGGCGGCGGCGUUGGCUGCCGGGGCGCGCAGCGCGGGCGUUGGCUGCGGGGGCGGCCCUGCGGGCUCCCCGGGCUCGCCUGGCUCCCCGCGGCCCCGACGCCGGCGCGCCGAGCCCAGCCUAGCCAAGCCUCGGCGCGCGCGCACCGCCUUCACCUACGAGCAGCUGGUGGCUUUGGAGAACAAGUUCCGGGCCACGCGCUACCUGUCGGUGUGCGAGCGUCUGAACCUGGCGCUGUCGCUCAGCCUCACGGAGACGCAGGUCAAAAUCUGGUUCCAGAACCGCAGGACCAAGUGGAAGAAGCAGAACCCCGGCGCCGACGGCGCGGCGCAGGCAGGGGGUGGUGCGGCCCAGCCCGGGGCACCAGGACCGGCGGCGGGGGCUGGCGGCGCGCGGGGCAGCCCCGGCCCGCCCGGCCCCGGCGCGCUGCCCUUCCAGACUUUUCCCUCCUACGCUUCGGCCAACGUCCUCUUCCCGGCUGCCUCCUCCUUCCCGCUGACGGCCGCCGGGGGCCCCUUCGCUCCCUUCCUCGGGCCCUCCUACCUGACCCCCUUCUACGCCCCCCACCUAUGA